GCCUCUGUGAACUCCUACGACGUGUGUGAAUACGGUAUGUAAGGAUUCAGUCUACCUAAUGACUUUCAUAGCUGAACAAUGGCACAUCUUAGCCCCAGUUGUAGCACAUCUCUGUUUGAUGUUCCUCCAGUUAUUAUGGAAAAGUUCUGUGAACUGAUGGACUGCAGCGAUGGAGAGUUAGGAUGGAGAGGGCUGGCUGAGCGGCUAUCUUCUGAUUGGAGAGACUUUCGUAAAUUUGAGAAGUAUGCUGAACAAGGAAAAAGCAGUACAAAGGAGCUUGUCUGGAGUUGGGCACAUAAAAAUAAGACAGUCGGUGACUUGUUAUUAGUUCUACAGGAAAUGGGACAGCAGAGAGCCAUCUCCUUAUUCAGAGAGAUAAAUGUUCUGUCACCUGUCAGCUUGCACGAGAUUAAAGAAGGAACGAAGAACUUCAGCAGAGACUUCCUAAUUGGAGAAGGACAUUUCUUUGAUGUUUACAAAGCAGACAUUAAGAAACAGUCAUGUGUUGUCAAGCUGCUUAAACAGAAGAAGGCAGAUCAUCAGAAGCAAGCUCAAUUAUUCCUAGCACAAUGCCAGUGCUUACCUAGAAUCCAGCAUCCAAAUGUAUUAGACUUGCUUGGAUAUGUCAGAGCCGAUGACUCAACAUGUCUGGUGUACCCAUAUCUGAAACACGGAUCCCUCUUCAAUAAGUUGCAUAAUACUGAUAAGACGUCACCUCUUUCCUGGCAAGUACGCUACAAUAUUCUAGUUGGAGUGGCAAAGGCUAUCCUUCACCUCCACACAAUGAGCCCUAGUCCUGUGAUCUGUGGAAACAUAACUAGCAAAAAUAUAUUGCUUGAUCAGCAUUUUCAGCCAAAGCUCUCUGACUUUGCCAUGGUCCAUUUGAGGUCUUACCUGAUAAAUCACAUUAAAACUAUCAAGAUGGAUCAUGCCACUCUGAAGUUCCUGGGAUAUUUGCCAGAGGAGUACAUUAGGAGGGGGGAUCUGUCAGUGAAAACUGAUGUGUAUAGCUAUGGAAUUAUCAUAAUGGAAGUUUUAAGUGGAUAUCAAGCUGUGGUGGUAAAUGGAUCCAAGACUACUUUCCUUAGGAAAAUUUUUUGGGAGCAAAUGGAAAAAAAUGGAAUUGAGUAUCUAGUCCAUUUUAAGGAUUUGAAUACAAGCAAGUGGCCUUCCUGUAUGAUGAAAAAUCUUCUUGGUGUAUCCAUUGAUAGUACAGAAGUACGUGAAAGACGAAGGCCCACAAUGAAUGAGGUUUUGAAAAGAAUGGAAAACUGUGCAACUUCUGAAAAGCCCCAUGAGGACCACCCAAAGUACCUGAUGUCCACUCCCCCUUCCAUAUGGCCUGUGCAUAAGAGCCAAUUCAAGGUUCCUGUGGAGACAGAUGAAACCAUGGAGGAUCCCAAUAAUAUAUGUGAACGAAAUAAGGAAAUCGAAUGUGGCCAAUCAGAGGUGUCAUUUUUAGGCAACACCAAAAAGCAUAGGCCUGCAGAAAAGUUUAGUUCUUUGUUAAUGCAAAGCAAAGCUGUAUUACAUGAUGUUUUCCUGCAUACACCAGGUACAGUUUAUACAAGCAGGCCAGUAGAGUGCAGCUGCUCAAUGGAGCCAUACAAUGGAACCUUCUGUGAAGAGUGUGUAGCAAAUGGUUUUAGCCAGUAAAAGAAUGUUGAGUAAUAUUCCAUUAGAAACAAAAUUAACAACACAAUACAGUAGUAUGAUGUACAGUAUAUAGUAUCUGUAAUACAGAUGUUAAGGUAUGUUAAUAAUAACAGAGCAAUGUGAAUUAUUUACCUUUACCGUAGAGAAUAUGAUUUUACUUGUUAGCGUCUUUCUGGGAUUUCAUAGACAUUUUUUUAUCAUUUCAAUAGAAUUAAUUAUUCUGACAUAGCAGGUACAGUUGUAUUGCAUUAUUGUGAAAACAGCUCUCUUCUGUCCAGCGGCUUUCAGUGUAGGGACUGUAGAGGAUUUUGGAAAUAUGCCAUUUUGGAGCAUGGGGGUACAAGAAAAAAGGGAGAUUGGAGUCUUGGUAUAGAAUUAUGAAACAUGGGUAGGUUGCAAAUUUAGCUGGGAAAUGGGAUUGAGCUUUUACCAGAAGAGUUAAAGCGGGGGUUCACCCUAAAAAAAAAAAAAAAAAUUUCUACCAUGUCA